AGUACAAUUUGCGAUGUGUGAUAAUACUAACACGACGACGCAGAGUAUAGCGGACUACCUGUCACAGUUGCUGAAGGACCGGAAGCAGCUAGCUGCCUUCCCAAAUGUCUUCAUUCACGUGGAACGUCUGCUGGAUGAGGAAAUCGCGAAGGUGCGGGCGAGUCUUUUUCAAAUCAGUGGAGUGAAAAAGGAGCCGCUCGUCUUGCCGGAACCCGAUGGCGACAUUACGACGCUCACGGAGAAGGUCUAUGUACCCGUUAAGGAACACCCAGACUUCAACUUUGUCGGGAGGAUUCUGGGGCCACGGGGCAUGACCGCAAAACAAUUGGAACAAGAGACAGGAUGCAAAAUCAUGGUGCGCGGGAAAGGAUCGAUGAGGGACAAGAAAAAGGAGGAACAAAAUCGGGGCAAGCCGAAUUGGGAGCACCUGACGGACGAGUUACAUGUGCUGCUCACUGUCGAGGACACCGAGAAUCGUGCCACAUUGAAGCUCGCCCGAGCUGUCGAGGAAGUCAAGAAGCUACUCGUGCCCGUGCAGGCUGAUGGCGAGGAUGAGCUAAAGAAGAGGCAGCUAAUGGAACUCGCCAUUAUCAAUGGGACUUACCGGGACUCGAAUACAAAGGUUGCCGCCGCGGCAGCGUCCUUGCUGAACGGCUCCGGGCCACCCGGCUCGCUCUUAUCUGCCGGUGAUCCCCACGGGCUCAUCUACACGCCGUACGCGGAUUACGCCAACUAUGCCGCCCUGGCCGCAUCGCCGUUGCUCACCGAGUACGCCACUGCUGAUCAUUCUGGCGCAGCGGCGGUCGCCGCCAAGCAGCGUAGGCACCUGGGUCAGAUCCGCGAGCACCCUUAUCAAAGGGCCGGCGCUCUCUCGUGAACACACAGAGACGAUGCGAGUACACAGAGAGAGCGAGAGAGAGAGAGAGAGAGAGAGAAAAGAAAGCGAGAGAGAGAGAGAGAAAAAGCGAAAAAGAGAGAAAAUACAGAGCACUGUUCCCGCGCCAUUGCGGAAAGGCUUGGAGUGCUAACAAUGGAUAUCCACUCGCCCCGUGCUAACACCUGGACUCUGGAACAGCAUCCCGCGUUCGAUCGGUUCACCAACCAGCCGACCACCUUCGCCGUCCGUCCGCGUCACCAGCCCCGUUCGUCAAGCUUAUCCAUCAUCCUGUAUCCUCUUAAUGUUCGGAAACGUUAGUUUCUCCCACGCGUCUCGGCGAUCGAUGGAGUCGUCGCCGAUUGGAAUCCGAGCCACUUCGUGCCGUCGUAGCUCGUCGAUGGCACAAAUAUAAUUCGUCUUGCUUCACAAAACGGUAGCGUUGCGAGGUGCAUUAGCAUAAUAUACAGAGAUUUGGGACCCUAUAUAUAUUUUAUAUAUUAUAUAUUUAUGGAUAAAUAUAUAUUAUAUAUUUUAUGUAGAAUACCCGCACGCCUUUUUUGCGAAAAGAAAACGCAGGACUAUUCCGAACUUGUUUUGGACGCGAGUCAGGUAUGCGAAAUCUGAAUUCAGUGCAACGUUAGCGGUAAUAGCAAUAGUUUUUAGUAUGAACGUUAGUUUAUCGGUUAUUUUUACUCCCUCGUGGGGAGGGGAAUUUUGUUGUAGCACGCGCGCGAUGUAUCUCCGAAGUAUUUUAUUUUCUCUCUCUUCUCGUGGCAGCGAUGAAAUGUUGUUCGCGUUUUUCCCAGUACUUAUGACUACGCUGGCACCUCCCCGUCUCUGGAGGUGGCAGCGCAAGAAUGUGACAACGUUAAUAUAACUUAAACGCAAUGAUAUAUUUACGCGCAUUUUUAAGAGCUAACUGCUGAAGGAAGUGUCGCGCGAAAAAAAACAACAAAUGAGAAUAUAUGCGAGAACUCGCGAAGUUCUUCAAAGACCUCAUCGGAGAAAAUCACUUGAUGCCAAUGUGUCUUCCUUUUUUUUUCUCGUGCGACACGUCUCUCAUGUCGGAGAAAUUGUCGAAAUUCUGUACAACUCUCUCGAAUAAAUGUGCCUUAUGUAAUGUUAACGUAGUGCGGUGUAGCCGCGUUACCGUUCUAGAUAAAGCUUUGUUAUCGAUAGACUCUACGUAGUAGCAUUAGAACUGUGCAAUCAAAAUUUAACUUUCACGCGAUAUGUAUAUCCCUAGAAAGAGAAGGACAAUGCCAAUUAGAUCGUUCUCCUAAUAGUCUUUUUCGUUAAGUUGCGAGAAGAACUGUUAGGAACAUCCAUAGCUAGAAUCAUGAAUAUCCCGAGGAUAAGGCUUUAAAAGUAUGCGUUGUAUGCGGAUGCACGAGAGAGCUACAUGUACAUAUUGUUUCAGCUGAAAGUAUUAAGAGAAGUGCUGUUCGCAGAGAAUAUUCUAGUACGUCAAUGUGCAAUACGUUGAUGGUGAAAGAAAAAUGGCAGGUCGUCCAAAAUGCGUUGCCAAGAUUCAUGAAAUAAAUUGCACAUUUUAACUUUGCGAAAAACUUACAAUUCAAACCGCAGGAUUAUCGAACAGAUACGUAUAUGUAUUUACAUAAAUAUCGAUAAAACGUCGAUAUCAUCAGGUAAAACGGCAAAAAAAAAAGAAUAACAGAAGUAUCGCGAGAUCUGUUAUGACUUUCUACAUCGUGGAAUUAUUUGCAAGAUAUUAUUAAACAUGUAUAUGAAUAUAAACAAAAGAAAUGUAUGUAAUCUCUGUCUACAUACAAGCAAAGAGUGUUUGCGUGAGAGAGUGACUUACUUAAUAUCGACUUUAUCGUUAUAUUAGAGAGUUGCAUCACUUUUUAGGUCUGCCAUAUUGUACAUGUAACGAUUAAGAAUAUCAAGUUGCACGCGUUAUAUAACUUCUGUAUAGUCAUUCAUGUGUCAAAUGUUAUACUCGUUCUUUCGACAGAUAUUUUUGAAUUUUUGUCCAAGGAGUCCCUCCUAGGUGUACCGAUAGCUCGGUCCUUCAUGUAUAUAUAAGCGUUGAAAGAUAUACACGCACAUGUUUAAGAGUGAUCUGAAAUCUACUUAAGUUCUCAACGUAAAAAAAAAAACAAAUAUAUUCGAUAUAUAUUUUAUUAUUGUACGUAAAUAAUUGAUUUAACGAAAUAUUUUGAAUAUCAUUGUCCUUUAUUAAGUGCGAUUAUAAUAUACGAAUUAUAUAUGCGCAUUCGAGAGCGUGAUUAUAUAGAGAACAGAUAUGUAUACUCUGCGUAUAUUCUGUUUAAUAUAUAUAUGCGCCUGAGAACGUAAAUUAUUACACAUGUAUACACAUAAUGUAUUAUACAUAUGCACUGACUCAGUUGAACAUCCGGACGGUAUGAAUAAAUACCACUGUGAUUUACUUCUGCGUCAAACGGCGAUACAUUAUCUGUUAUGAUUUUGGAAAGAAAAUCCAUUUUUAAUAUUUGCGUUCUAUCAUAAUUUAUUAUAUAUAGUUUUUGUAUAAUAUUAUAUUAUUGCAGCUCGCACUGCUUUAUCAAUUAUAUAAGCUAUAUGGCGCAUAAAUAUCCGAUCUUCAUUAUUAUUUUUUUAUAAUUUUUCGAGAUUAUUAUUAUUAUUACCGCAGAAGUAAACACAGGCGUGAUUUGUUUACACCCUGUUAUCGUAUUUAUAAAUGUAUUCAGAUAAGUUACAUAAGAAAUUAUAUAUAUGUGCAAGCAAUCUUGUUAGAUCUUAUGGCAUGCGAAUUUACAUUUAUUAUUCUAUAGUUAUAUAGUUUUUUUGCCGAAAUUUAUUGUAUAUGAUAAUUUUUUAGUUUCAUAUUUUAUUUUAAUGUUGAUAUAUGUGCAGGAUAUGUGGCAAUAUUAAUGUGUAAGUGACAAUGAAAAGCAAUUCUGUUUUCUGAAAUCUCGGAAAGAUCUGAUUACGAAUCAUAGUAUAUACUGUACGCUACUUAUCGAAGAAAAUUCACAAUUUACACUGAAAGUGCAAAUAAAAUAGUUUAUACAAACAUGUAUAAAUACUAUGAUGAACGGUAAUAAAAAUAUUUUUUCAA